AGGUGGGUAGAUAGCUAGCUAGUUAGCAAGUUUAACUAGCAGUGGAGAAAUCUCAAUUGACUUUAUGUUCCCUAAUUAUCGAAGUGCACUACACUGGAUAUGAUUUAAUGGCUUCUACGCCCUAUGUAAUACACUACACUUCCAACAGGGAAAAAAAGCCUGAACUAAGUACACAUUUAACCCAGUCAACAUUCCUCUAAUCUUGUCUGAAGUUUCAUUGAAAGUUAAUGAUUGUAGGUAUGAGUUCCUAAUUUUUCCUUGAGUAAUACAGAACAAGACUAAAGUGCACUUUUUGUUGUUUUUUUUUUUGUUAUAAAUCGGUUCACUCUUCCUCCAGAUCUACUCUAAACCUCUCUACAUUCAUAUGACAUAAUCUGAUUACAUGAUUUUCAAGAUCAGAAAGAUCAUUUUAGUUUUAUAGUUUGUCGUUUCUGGCAAAGCGAUUACACUUUUUUUUAAUGACUCAACCUGUACUAGUCUUAUGUUCGUCCAAUUAAAUGCUUUCUAGAACGUAUAUGUCCCGCCCCUGGGGGUGUGACUUGCUCUACAGUAGCAGCUCCUUAGCAGUGAACAUGGUUCAUCAGCACGUCUUCCUGUACACUGCUCCCUUUUCCAACCGUUGCUUGGUGGAGAAAUAAUAGUUGGAGUUUAUUCGUUUUGAAGAGGGUGGAAUUUUGCGGUUAUGUGUCCAGCGCUUUUCGGGGAAGUGAUUUACCAGCUUGACGCUGUUUAGUGCAGGAAUGUCGGUCCCUCAGACUAACCGAGAACAUGAUUCAGAGGCUUCUUCCUCGGAAAGAAAUGCUCGUCCUUUAUCUCUGUCCGGUCAUGUUGGCUUUGACAGCUUACCAGAUCAGCUGGUCAAUAAAUCCACCAGUCAGGGCUUCUGCUUCAACAUCCUCUGCAUAGGUGAGACGGGUAUUGGGAAGUCCACAUUGAUGGACACACUGUUCAACACCAACUUUGAGAACUUUGAGUCGUCUCACUUUGAGCCCCGCGUCAAACUCCGCGCCCAGACGUACGACCUUCAGGAGAGCAACGUGCGUCUCAAGCUCACCAUCGUCAACACGGUGGGAUUUGGAGACCAGAUGAACAAACAGGAUAGCUACCAACACGUGGUGGAUUACAUCGACACGCAGUUCGAGUCCUACCUGCAAGAAGAGCUGAAGAUCAAGCGCUCGCUGCAUAACUACCACGACUCACGCAUCCAUGCCUGCCUGUACUUCAUCGCCCCGUCCGGACACUCGCUGAAAUCCCUCGACCUUGUCACCAUGAAGAAACUGGACAGCAAGGUGAAUAUAAUCCCAGUUAUCGCGAAGGCGGACACCAUCUCUAAGAGUGAGCUGCACAAGUUUAAGAUUAAGAUCAUGAGUGAGCUGGUGAGCAACGGAGUGCAGAUCUAUCAGUUCCCCACCGACGACGAGACUGUCUCCAAGAUCAACAGCGCCAUGAACGGCCACCUGCCGUUUGCUGUGGUGGGAAGCACAGAGGAGGUGAAGAUUGGGAAUAAGAUGGUGAAAGCGCGACAGUACCCCUGGGGUGUGGUGCAAGUGGAGAACGAGAACCACUGUGAUUUUGUGAAGCUGCGGGAGAUGCUGAUCUGCGUGAACAUGGAGGACCUGCGGGAGCAGACACACACACGCCACUACGAGCUCUACAGACGCUGCAAACUGGAAGAGAUGGGCUUUAAGGACACAGACGCUGACAGCAAACCAGUCAGCUUGCAGGAGACGUACGAGGCGAAGCGUCAGGAGUUCCUGCUGGAGCUGCAGCGGAGAGAGGAGGAGAUGAGGCAGAUGUUUGUCCUACGUGUUAAAGAGAAAGAGACGGAACUGAAGGAGGCUGAGAGAGAGCUCCAGGGCAAGUUUGAGCAGCUGAAGCGUCUGCAUGCUGACGAGAAGAGCAAGCUGGAUGAGAAGAGGAAGGCUCUGGAGGAUGAGAUGAACUCCUUCAGUAAAAAGAAAGCCGCGGCUGAGCUCCUGCAGGGCCAAUCGUUCAGCUCCAACUCCAACCUCAAGAAGGACAAAGACCGCAAGAACUCUGGGUUCAUGUAAAGAAGCUGCUUUGAAGACUGGAUCCAUUCCACUCUGAACAGAUGUUUCCACUCAUCCUGAAAAAAAAAAGACUAUUAUCCAGCUAGUUUGUAUCUCUCUAAUGUUUUUAUUAUUCGAAUAUAUCAGCAGGACUGCUGUGUGUAUCAUUUGUGUAACAGUGUAUUUUUAUAUUUCCUUCACUCAAUGUUUUAAUGUAGGAUUGAGGAUGGCCACUAGGGGGCGACGAGACUGUAAGUUUUGUAUGUGGGGAUCAAAGUGCCUUUAGAAAUGUACCUUACUGGUGGAUCUAAAACAAGGAGCAGUUUAACAGCAGUGAUCCGUUUAUUAGGAAAUCAGAUUAAUGCAACAUUGCACAGUUUUACAUAAAUUCAGAAACAGUGAACUGUUUGGACAAAACUUUUUGCAUAAUUUUUUUGUAUCAUGUUACUGAUACAACUGAUGCAGUAUUGGAACCUGAUGUAAUUUUCUCCUAAAGGUCAAACAAGACACUCCACAAGUUUACCUAAGAAAGGAUUAAGAAUGUGGAGUUGACGCUAAGUUCAGUCCCCACCUCGUUCGUAUAAUAUUAUUCAGUAAAAGAACUACAAACGCCAAAAACUGAUUCUGCAGAAGACACAUGGUUUCAAAUAUUUUUUCUAAAUAUUUUUGUGACCAAAAGAUCACAAAACCCUACAUCCACUGUUUGCUUUAACACUAAAAACAUUUAUGUAUUUUUUUUUUUUUGUAUUUGAAGUGUAUUUAUCUAAGCUGUGUAUGGGGUAGAAUUCAUUAAAGCAUGAAUAAAGAUUGAAUGGAAA